GCCCCAUAAUGAGCAAUGCACGAUGCUUUUUGCGCAUGGGGAGCAAUGUCCGGGAAAACGCAAGGACCAUUCUCGACUUUGUGAUUCUUCAACUGCAGCAGAAGUCGUUAAACUCCGAGGAAGUAUCCGCGAUGGGUUUAGGCGCUGCAUACACCACAAGACCUUGGGCGUUACUAUUUACCAACAAGUCGCAAGCUUUCGAUGAAGUAUUCCAAGACAUGGCGACAUUGUCAGCCAGCCAUGACAGUGGCACUCUUCAACACCAAAAAAAAUGGCUCGAUGAUAUUCGAAUAUGUCAUGUUAGCAGCAUUCAUCAGUUACGGGCUCUGCUUUGCACGAUUCAUACUCAUUCACCCGUUUUAGACUCAGGACAACCUGCCAAGGCGGACGGAGAUGACCUGUUAACAUGGAUACACAAGGAAAAAGACGACCAGCCUCCCUGUUUCCUGAUUGUCAUGGAUCUCAUGGACCUGAUUCUUAUGACUGAUAUCAACUAUCGCAAUCAACUCUCGGAUGAUUUGAAUAUUCCUAUAGAACAGAGAUCCCAACGCUAUCUCCAGGUUCGGCAAGACUGGCUGGUGCAAAUCCUCGGCCUUCUUUCGGAAACCGCGAAUUAUCUAAGCUUCCAAGCGAAUCAGUGGUGGAGCGCUUUUCCAGAAGUGAUGGUCCACCGACCGACGGAUCUUUUCAUUACCGACAGCGGAUGCCUGGAAACGCUUCAGCAACCUAGUAGCUCGUCGGGAGUGACCCCUGAUCAACAGGCUUUGGAGGAUCUGUAUCGCAUCAUCAGUUAUUAUAUCGAUCAAAUGAUGUGAGCAACCAUUGACACCAUGAUUGUCAUUCAUCACCGCCGGAGCGGAGAUAUAAACGAUAUCCCUCUCUGUAAACCAAUCAUCGUCGUCGCCUGGGGAUGAUAGGCGUGGUUUGAAAAAUAUGCAAAAUUACUCACAGCUGUCGGCAGUCCCAAAACUUCUCUUUUUUUUUUUUAUUCGGUUUAAAAGGCACCCUUGCUUCGAUCUGUCUGUUAC